UUUUUUUUUUUUUGAGGGAAAAUAUUUUCCGGGUAUAAGAGAGAGAGGGACGAGCAUCGAAAGAGAUCGCCCCCGUGUAAUCGCUCGGUUCCCUCCGAUCCAGUCGCCGCUUCCUCCCCUAAGAUCCAGACAACUUCAUAUUCAUGAAUUCAAGAAGCUCUGUAGCAUCCGUUGUUUCCUGUUCAUCGGGAAACAGAGGCGGAUUUGGGAUUUUGGCUUGCCUACUCCCAGGAUUUCUGGGCGCCCCUGUUCUCUCUGUAAACUUCCACUUGUUCAAGGCUAUUGUCAGAAUUCCUUCUUCAUCAGUUGUCUUGGGAUCUUGUGGAGGGAGCCAGCCUUAGCUGGGAACUUUAACUUACAUCCUUUAUUAGCAUCACAUUCCGAACCCGAUCAACUUCUUAGAGCAUGGUCUCCUCCCAGUUAACUACUCUUACCUCAACCCAUCCUUUCAAGCGACAGAUCCUUCUCCCUAUGGGGCCCCCGGACGUUGUACCCUCUGACAAUGUCGAGUUUGACUUUUCUGAUGUUUUUGGUCCUGCCCCUGUUCAAGCUUCCAUUGAAGUGAAUGUAGCGACUGCUGACACUCCGACGGCAGCAGCAGAUCCCAACGAGGAAGUUUAUGAUGGCCCAGUUGUCAUUGUUAAGAGAUCCCAUUCUCUGGUGGGACCCACGGCUCUUGUUAGCCACUCCUUGCAGCUCAGCAAACUCACGCUGCAUGAAACUGAGACUUCACUGGAACUUGUUGAAUGUUCCUCUGAUGAGGUGGAAAAAGAUAGCAGUGAUAAAGUCCUUGAUGGUAAACCUGAGAAGGGUGAGAGUGUAGGGCUUGAUGAUUUCGAAGUUAUGAAGCUUGUCGGGCAAGGGGCUUUUGGGAAAGUCUUUCAGGUGAGGAAGAAAGGCACUUCAGAAAUAUAUGCGAUGAAGGUAAUGAGGAAGGAUAAGAUUAAGGAGAAGAAUCAUGUGGAGUAUAUGAAAGCUGAGAGAGAUAUAUUGACAAAAGUUGAUCAUCCUUUUGUAGUCCAGCUAAGAUACUCUUUUCAGACGAAGUACCGACUGUACCUUGUGCUGGAUUUUAUUAAUGGGGGCCACCUGUUUUUUCAGCUUUAUCGUCAUGGUUUAUUCAGAGAGGAUCUUGCACGUGUAUAUGCUGCUGAAAUAGUGUCUGCUGUAUCCCACCUUCAUGCGAAUGGUGUCAUGCAUAGGGACCUCAAGCCUGAGAACAUUCUUUUGGAUGCUGAUGGGCAUGCCAUGUUGACCGAUUUUGGGCUGGCGAAGGAAUUUGAUGAGAGUACAAGAUCAAACUCAAUGUGUGGAACAGUUGAGUAUAUGGCUCCAGAAAUUAUUCAUGGUAAAGGCCAUGAUAAGGCUGCUGACUGGUGGAGUGUAGGAAUCUUACUGUUUGAAAUGCUUACUGGCAAGCCUCCAUUUGUUGGUGGGAACCGAAAUAAGGUUCAGCAGAAAAUAAUGAGGGAGAAGAUAAAGCUGCCAGCAUUUUUGUCGAGUGAAGCUCAUUCCAUCUUGAAAGGCCUGCUGCAAAAAGAACCUAGCAAGAGGUUGGGCAGUGGACCCAGUGGCUGCACCGAGAUAAAGAACCACAAGUGGUUCAAAUCAAUCAAUUGGAGAAAACUAGAAGCUCGACAGAUCCAGCCUAGCUUCUGCCCCACCGUCGCAGGAAAGCACUGUGUGGCCAACUUCGACGAGCAGUGGACCAACAUGCCUGUGUUGGACUCUCCCGUAGCUAGCCCAGUUGCCGGAGACAGCAACUUUGAAGGAUUCUCUUAUGUUCGGCCCGUUCCUUUUCUACACAAGCCCAGUCCUUUAGGUUGAACGAGGGACUUUGGUAUCUCUGGGGAACUUAGAAAUGGUUUGUACGGAAUAUGUCUGGGGAACUUAGAAAUGGUUAAUGGCAAAGUUGCAAGUUCUUGCCAAACCUGUUGGUCGAUUUCUUUGCAUGGUUGCUGGUGAUUCUAUCUGAGAAUGCUUGUGAUACACUUUGACAACGCUUAUGAUUAUAACUCCGUUUUCUCAUUCAUUGA